AUGAAUGUGAAGGAUGCUGGAGAUGCCAUGAAAUGUCCCACUUUUCCUCUACUCUUAGAAGGAUCAGCUAAGGAUUGGUUCAAGUCCUUAAAUCCAAACUCCAUCAGCUUAUUUGACCUGCUCAAACAGAGCUUCGUGAACCAAUUUCUAUCUACCUCAAAGAAGAGAUACCCACCUAACUACCUCCUCAGCAUCAGGCAAGGCCCUAAGGAGAAGUUGCAAGACUACAUCAACCGUUUCAAUCGAGAAGUAAUUAGCAUCCCUAGUUGCUCCAAAGAUAUGGCCUAUACUGCCCUUCUAGCUGGGUUUCGAAGAGGACCUUUCCUGUUCCAUGUCAACAAGUUUCCACCUAAAAGUUAUGAGGACCUGGUGUCCGAGGCGUAUCGUCAUGCCAUAGCUGAGGAGAUGACAUAUGAUAUAUCAGAAGGAAAGGACCCGUCACAGCCUGGUGUAGGAGAUAAACGGAGAGAAGAUCGGAAGGAUGUACAUGAAAAGCCAGACUACAAGAAAGAAAGAUUUGAGAAUUCUAGACGAGGUGAGAGAGACCGAGAUCGGCCACAAAAUCUAUUUCGACCACGGUUCGACAACUACACCCUCUUGAAUACUAAUCGAGAGGAGGUCUUCUUCCACAUCCAAACUGAGUGGCCGAAACCACGACCUUCGAGGUUUUCCAAGGGGUGA